AUGGACGGUCGCGUAAUACGAGGCGUCCAGCGCGCCGCACUUGAGCAAUGGUCCGAAUUCAUAGCCAAGAGUCUGGCCCACCGCAUAGAUCCCGAGAAGUUCGAAUCCUAUGUUCCGUUUCUCCAAGCAAAGCAUCCGUUACCGCCAGUUGCCGUCGCCGACCUCUUCUUGCGACCGCGACCUCACAAUCACGAGAGCCUCGACCCCCGAGUCCCACGCUACCUUCAGGUGCUCUCCAGCCUGAACUAUAUCGAUACGCCUUCGAUUCUGAAAGCUUUGUACAAAUAUUCGACCUCUCGUGGUCACUCCCGAGAAGCUCGACAGUUGCCCGAUGCCGAAGACCAAACAUCAAAUUUCCCGCGAUGGGAGAGCUCGUAUGCGGCCGAGGAGGUCAUGUUCUACAGGCUUACCAAGUCUGUGGCACAAGGAACCGCAAUACAAAACACAGGGACGGGUCUUGAGAUCGCCAACGUCAUGGCUAAAUGGAUUGCGCUCUUCACCGAUGCCGCCACAGCCUUCACGGUCGAUGUCAUGGGGCAGCUUCACAACAGCCAGGUGAGAGAAGAGAUGGAAUCGGCGCGUGCCGCAUUCGUAGCUUUGCUUCUCGGGGUGUGCGAAAACCAGGUUGUACUCAAAGCUUUGAGUAAACCUGAAGCCCAAGAAAUCAGAAAGGCGUUGUCCGAAAGCCUCGCCAACUUCGUCCCAACCAUCAUGCAAAGUGCUGGCCCUAUCGCGACCCGUCUGGACAUGUUUCGGACAAGUACGCUAGCAGGCUUUGAGCCAGUCGACGAGCAGAAGAACAAGUCUAAUGCCGAGAUUGAGGACUUGUUUGACUCUACUGUAGCAUUGGAGAACUUCGUAGUGUCUGAGCUACCUAUAGUCAACUCGAGAGCUGGUCUUUACAUAUACUUGAAUGCUGCACUAGUUGGCCGGCCAUUGAUCGAUGAUCUAGCCAUCUUCAACUACUUGAACAAUAGAUACCAGGGCGAUGUACAAUCAACAACUGUUGACCUCAUCCUGGUCUCGUUCGACAUACUUGCCAAUGCCGCCUCCCGCAAUGAGGGGCAUCAAGCGGCACAUCUCUUGCGCUCAUUCCUCAUGAACAAAUUACCGAUUUUGAUUGAAAGUCUGAGCAAGCAUAUACUCAGUUCGGGAAGACUUUUGCUGGGCUUGCUGUCUUCAUGGCCUAUUGCGGGAAAGCAGUAUUGA